GGUCUAAAUGGCAUAGGUUAAUAAAGGUGUUAUGCACUGGAGGUUUAUGUGUAAUGUGUCAAGUUUGCCGGCCGGCAGAGGGUGAACGCGAGUGUGUCCAACCAGAGGAGGAGCCGUAGAAGAAGAGGGAAACCACAACCCUCUCAGCUAAAGACUUCAGGGUUUCAAAACACACUACCCUAACUUGUUUUAGUACCAUUUUAACGCCUGACAGUAAGCUAAUUUUUAUGAGUUUCUCUGUGAGAGUUUUCAAAGAGAAGCUACCGUCAAACUGGCUAGUUUUUAUUUCAUAAAGCCACAACAAGCUGCCGGCUGCCGCUGCUACUAGCAAGCCAACUGUCAGUUGCUGAGCGACAACAAAGAGACUGCGGCUGCACACUGCUGUACACUGGCGGAGCUGCAGGUGUUGUGAUUUAAUUUAACGGAACAGAUUACAUUAAUCGGGCUGACAUGACCGGGGUGGCCUCUCCAGAGAAGGCGUCAAGCUCCAAGAAGAAGAGCGAGAGGAAGUGUGCCACUAAAGAGGAGUACAGACAGCUGUCCAGCAUCAUGGGAGUCAUGAACAACCUGAGGAAACAGGGUACUCUCUGUGAUGUGACCCUGGUAGUUCAGGGGAAACACUUUCCUGCCCACAGAGUAGUGUUGGCUGCUGCCAGCCACUUCUUCAGCCUCAUGUUCACCACCAGAAUGAUGGAGUCGAUGUCCCAUGAGGUGGAGCUCAGGAGUGCUGAGCCUGAGAUCAUUGAGCUGUUGAUUGAAUUUAUCUACACAGCUCGGAUCUCGGUGAACAGCAGUAAUGUCCAGUCUUUGCUGGAUGCAGCCAACCAGUACCAGAUUGAGCCUGUGAAGAAGAUGUGUGUGGAGUUCCUCAAAGGACAAAUUGAUGCAACGAACUGCCUCGGUAUUUCUGCCCUGUCAGACUGUAUGGACUGUCCUGAGCUGAAGGCAGCAGCAGAGGACUUCUUCCAGCUCCACUUCACCGAAGUCUACAAACUGGACGAGUUUCUGCAACUGGACGUUACGGAGCUCACACAUCUACUGCACCAGGACAAACUCACUGUCCGUGCAGAGGCCCAGAUUUAUGAUGCAGCAGUGCGCUGGCUGAAGUACGAUGUGUGUAACAGAAAGCAAUAUAUGGUGGAGGUGUUGGGGUGCGUUCGCUUUCCUCUGGUCUCCAAAACCUUCCUCUCCAAGACUGUGCAGGCUGAGCCCCUCAUCCAGGACAACCCACAGUGCCUCAAGAUGGUCAUCAGUGGGAUGCGCUACCACCUGCUGUCUCUGGAGGAUCGUGAGGAUCUGGGAGAGAGCAGCCGACCGCGACGCAAGAAGCACGACUACCGCAUUGCUCUAUUUGGAGGCUCCCAGCCUCAAUCCUGCCGCUACUUCAACCCCAAGGACUCCACCUGGACAGACAUCCGCUGCCCCUUCGAGAAGCGCCGAGACGCCACAGCUGUCUUCUGGGACAAUGUAGUCUACAUCCUGGGUGGCUCCCAGUUAUUCCCCAUCAAGCGCAUGGACUGCUACAACGUCCUGAAGGACAGCUGGUACUCCAAGCUGGGCCCGCCGACGCCUCGCGACAGCCUGGCUGCCUGCGCCGCCCAGGGCAAGAUCUACACAUCCGGCGGGUCGGAAGUAGGCAGCUCUGCCCUCGACCUUUUUGAAUGCUACGACACAAGAACAGAGUCGUGGCAGGUGAAAACGAGCAUGCUGAUGGCCCGCUGCAGCCACGGCUCAGUGGAGGCCAACGGGCUCAUCUACGUCUGCGGAGGGACGGUGGGCAACAAUGUGUCUGGCAGGGUUCUCAACAACUGUGAGGUUUACGACCCCAGCACACAACAAUGGAGGGAGCUGUGUGGGAUGAGAGAGUCCAGGAAGAACCAUGGGCUGGUGGUGGUCAACAACCGGAUCUAUGCUGUUGGAGGGCAGGGGGCACUGGGUGGACUGGACUCGGUGGAGUACUACGACAUUGCCGGUAACGAGUGGCGUGCUGCUUCAGCAAUGCCGUGGCGGGGUGUAACGGUGAAGUGUGCAGCGGUCGGCGAUGUCAUCUAUGUGCUGGCGGGGUUCCAAGGUGUGGGGCGGCUCGGACACGUCCUGGAGUACCACACUGAUACUGACAGAUGGGUGACUUGCAACAAGGUGCGAGCGUUUCCUGUCACCAGCUGCUUGAUCUGCGUGGUUGACACGUGCGGAGUCAAUGAAGACGAAGACAUGGACCUCAUAGACUCCCACUCACACGCUGCAGCCACUGCCUCUUCAUCUGCCUCCACCUCAUCAUCCUCGUAGGACAAGAGGAAGAUUCGGUGCAUAGUGAAUUGUGACGUUUGAUGAGAGAGGUGUGCGUCCUGUGGACUGUGGAGCUGAUUUACAUGAGUCAAGGCCCGGACAGCUCAUACUCAUGAAUAUUCAUGUCUGUAUUUAGGCAGCAAACUGAUUAUGUUCUUUAAUUAUGUGCAGUAGCCAAAUUCCUCUUUAACUUUUAGCUGUGCCAGAAUUGUAGGUCCUAAUGUUCAAGUGCCAGUGGGACGCUGUCCACAAAUGAUCUGGCAAGGACACUUUUAAUGAGAGAGUGUUGUUAGGUUGGAUAUAAGAAAUCCAAACCCCUCCUCCUAAAAAAGUCUAGUCUAAUUAUUUUAUUUAAAUUUCUUUGUCCUUAUCCUUCUUUCUUUUAAACUUUGUAAUGUUGUUUUUGUAGCUUGUGAAUUACUUGCUGGUACAGACUGUAGAUAUACUGCAUUUAUGCAGUUGGAAGACUUGAUUGUGGUGUGUGUGUGUGUGUGUGUGUGUAUAUAUAUAUAUAUAUAU